AAUAAUAUUGAGUGUUAAAUGCUGCUAGAUUUUUUUCUUGACUUAAUGUAUGGUUGUAUUCGCUCAUAUAUCCAUCCUCAGCUAAUGCAGGCGUCUUAAACGAGCUCUUUCUCGCUCUGUAAUUUGUUUCUUUUAGGAUAAAUAUGGCAGAAGCGAUUCUAUUUAACACUUCUACUGAAAUUUUGAAGAAGAUAGUUUCCCUUAUUGGUGGAGAAGUACCGUUGUUGUGGAAUUUGAAAAGUAAUUUAAGAAGACUUGAGGGAACCAUGAGCACCCUCAAAGCCGUGCUGUUGGAUGCCGAGACAAAGCAGACUCAAGAUCAUCAGCUGCGUGACUGGCUUGGGAAGCUUAGAGACGUUUUUUAUGAUGCGGAGGACGUUUUAGAAGAAUUCGAAUUUCAUGCUGCCAGGAGGCAACGGAGGACCUCAAUGACAAAGGUACGUCAGUACUUUCCAAGUUGGAGUUCUAUUAAAAUUGGUUACAAGAUCAAGGACAUUAGAGAAAGGUUAGAUGAGAUCGCAGAUGAUAGGCAAAAAUUUCAUCUUGUUGAGAGUCAUGUUGACGUUAGGCGUGUAAUUCCAAAGGAAAGGGAGACAAAUCCCUUCUUCCAAGCGUCUGAGGUCAUCGGAAGAGAGGAGGAUAAAGAAAACGUCAUAAGCUUUUUGAUUCAGCCAACCCAUGUUAAUGUUUCCGUCAUUCCUAUUGUUGGAAUUGGGGGUUUGGGUAAAACUACUCUUUCUAAAAUGGUUUACAAUGAUGAAAUGGUCAGGAGGCACUUUGAAUUGAGAAUGUGGGUUUGUGUCUCAGAUGACUUUGAUGUUAACAGGUUAAUGAAAGAAAUUAUUUAUUCUGCAACACGUAAGGAUUGUGCUAAGUUAAAAGCUGAUCAAAUACCCGAGUGUUUGCAAGAAAUUUUGGGUGGUCGAAAGUUUUUGCUUGUCUUUGAUGAUGUGUGGAAUGAACAACCAAUGAAAUGGAUGAAUUUGAAAAGCCUAUUGUUGAAUGGUGUUAAUGGAAGUAAAAUUAUUGUGAGCACACGUAGUAAAAGAGUUGCUGAUAUAAUGGGCACUAUUCCCCCACAUUUCAUGCAGGGUCUUUCCUUUGAGGACUCUUUAUCAUUGUUCAAGAGGUGCGCAUUUAAAGAUGGAGAAGGGAAAGAUUUUCCAAAGCUUUGUAAAAUUGCAGAGGAAAUUGUGGAAAAAUGUAAAGGAGUUCCGUUAGCUCUAAGAACUUUGGGAAGCUUACUCUUUGCCAACACUGGUGAAGAAGAGUGGUUAAGAAUAAAAGAAAGUGACAUUUGGCAAUUGAAACAGGAGGAGGAAGAUAUCUUACCAGUAUUGAAAUUAAGUUAUGAUUAUUUGUCGUCUCACUUGAAGAAAUGUUUUGCUUACCUUUCCUUAUUUCCGAAGGAUUAUAUUUAUGCAAGUGAUAGCGUGACCCGUCAUUGGAUGGCACAUGGACUUCUUUCAACCUCUAAUAAUGAAUUAGAAGAGGUAGAAGAUGUUGCUGAGAGAUGUAUGAAAGACUUAUGGUCAAGGCUUAAGGAGAUGCCUCGAAAAAUACGAAAGAUGAUCUCGCUUAGACAUGUGGAAAUAACCACACGAGAGCGACAUCUGCGAGAAAAUGGAAUCGAGUGUUUGAGUUCUCUUCAGUAUCUGCUUUUACAUGAAUGCCACCAUCUCGUAACAUUGUCUGAAGGAAUGAAACGCCUCACAAGCCUCCGAGCAUUGUAUAUUGAACGUUGUCCUCUGACCUCAUUGCCAUAUGGUAUCAAGGACCUAAAGAGAUUACAGAAGCUAGUGAUUUCAAGUUGCUUUAAACUUAAUUUGAAGAUGGAAUUUCAAGGAGAAAAUGAAGAUAAUCUUCGGUUGGGAGUUCGAACAUUUAUAAUCAAAAGUUUGCCAUUAUUAGUGGAUUUGCCUCAACUUAUUCUUCAAGGAUCGGCUAACGCUUUGCGGUGCAUGAUGAUUGAAGACUGUCCUAGAUUAGUAGAACUACCAGAGUGGCUGCAAAAUCUCACAUCACUUCAAACACUUGAGAUACUUGAUUGCCCCAAUUUGUCAUGUCUUCCAGAAGGCAUGCAACGCCUUACAGCCCUCAGAAAACUGAAGAUUGGAGGCUGUCCUGCUUUGAGUGAAAGCUGCAGACGUGAUAAGUCCAAGACUGCUCAUGUUACAAAGGUUCAUCUUGAUGAAUAAAUGUCAAAGCUCUGCAUCAUGAUCCCGCUAGUUUCCUGUAUCCAGGUUCACAUGACUCCACUUCUUUGUUUUCUAUUCUCAUCUGGGUUGUAUUUUAAUUAGAGUAGCGUUAUGUGCUUAAAUAAUGUGCACAAAUUUAUACCCAAACAAUGACUUGAUACCACGUGAUUUGAUAGUUUUAAAUUAGAAAUAAAAUAAUACCUAAUUACAUGGAGACAUGUCAUUGUAUGUGUAUAAAGUUUUGCGCAUAGUUUUGUUGUUUUAUUUAACUGUUUGUUUUGCAUGCUUGGAUAUCUUAGUUUAUCUUUGUACUGUGAUAAUUAGUGUGCUAUGUUUCAUUACAUCCCCUUACUUUUUCUGUGUUUUUUUUUUUUAAAUUAAA